GAUUGGCGCAGCAGUCGAAGCAACAAAAAAGAACCGUUUCAAGACAGUGCAAACGUCGAGAGCCCCAAAAACUUUAAUAUUAGUUAAAAAUAUUCGUUUCCCUAGUUAAUUGCUCUCCUAUCCUUCCCCUGAUUUUAUCCACCUUUCCAAUCAUUCUAUAGUUUCAUGCUUAGCGUGCCCAAAUUGAGUUUCUAGUGUAGUGUUUCUCAUGUAUUGUUGUUGGUCGGCGGGGGCGGCUGAAUAAAAGAAAAAUAAAAAUCAAGAAUCGAGUGCCAUUUGAACCAAGUGCCGGCACUAAUGAGAUGGUCUUCGGUGCUAUGUUGCUGACGGGCAACGGGCUUAAAGGUCCCAAACAGCAGCAACAUCAGCAAGAAAACCAGAAUCACCAGGAGCAGCAACAUCAGCAGCAACAGCAAAAGGAGCAAACGAAACCGGCGGCCAUUAGAUCCGCCAACAAGGAGCAAGAUCCACAGCCCGUUGCCGCCGGGUAUUAUGCCCUCGGCAUACGCAUACCAAAAUCACCAUCGUUUCACAGUGGUCUAGAUCAGCUGGCUGACGACGAGUUGGAGGAUCAGGAUCAGGAGCCGCAACAACAGGCCGGCAGCCGAUUUAAGUUCACCAGCGUGGAGGAGUUGAAGGCCAAGUUCGAGGGGCGGAAAACGCCCCUCUCACCGCCGGAGGCAUCAGGAGCUUCUGGAUCGGGAGCACCACCCACCACAUCCUCAUCACCCUCUUCCUCUUCCACUAGCUCCAAUUCCUCGGCUUCGGCCCUGUCCUCGCUCUCCCAGGCGGCCUCAUCCUCGCUAGCCUCGGCAGCGGCCAACUCCUCUGCCUCAUCGUCGGCGGCCACCUAUGGUGGUGGAGCUAAUUCGGCGGCAGCGGCUUUGAUUGCAUCCUCGCCCUUUGGAUCGCAGUCUUCCACUUCCUCGUUGUCGUUAUCCUCGAAUGCCGGCAUGUCGAAGAACGCGGCAGGAACAGGUUCUGGAUCAGGAUCGGGAUCUGGACCUACAACGACAGCAGGUCCAGCACCAAGUAGUGGAAAUUCUCUUGUGUCCACUUUGGCGCAACACUUCUCGGCAGCCACAUCCGCCGCAGCAUCUGCGGCAGCAGCUGCAGCAUCCUCAGCCUCGGCGGCAUCCUCUUCAUCUUCCGCCACUAACAACGCAGCCAGCUCCAUCGCCGCCAGCAAGUCACCUGUAAGCGCGGCCGCUGCCAUUAAGAACAUACUGAAUGCCACCAAGAGUGUGGGCACAAGUGCUGCGGCGGCGGCAGCAGCGGCGGCCACCUCCUCCACCUCAUCAUCCUCAUCCUCUACGCCAGUGGUGCCGUCAUCCGCAGUCGCCGCCGCCGCUGUCGUUGCUGUUCCCACCACCAACGAUAUGCCCGCAGAGGAGCUGCGACCGACGGUGGCCCAGAAUCUGGUGGGCGGCAUUAGCAUCUCACUGGGAAUUGGCCAGCGGAAUGGUGGUGCCGCACCAGCGUCAUCAGGAGUAAUGGUGACAUCUAACGCCACGCUGGUGGUAACCACAUCCAGCCUAAGCAUGCGGCAGAACGGUGACAUAAUCCCGGGUCAUCCGGCUGGUCUCCAGGCCUCGCCCCAGACGCUGCAACAGCUGACGGGCAGUCCAGGAAGAGCUCGCGACCGGAAUCUAUUCUACUCGCCACCCACCGCUUCGGUUGCCCUGGCGCUGCCUGCACUGCGAGAGACGGCCGCCAGUGAACGGGAGGAGUUGUUCAUACAAAAGAUCCGACAAUGCUGCACACUAUUCGACUUUUCGGAGCCGCUGAGCGACCUCAAAUGGAAGGAAGUGAAGCGUGCGGCCCUGCACGAAAUGGUCGAUUUCCUCACCAACCAAAAUGGAGUUAUCACCGAAAUUAUUUACCCGGAGGCGAUUAAUAUGUUUGCUGUCAACCUUUUCCGAACGCUGCCGCCGUCAUCUAAUCCAAAUGGCGCUGAAUUCGAUCCGGAGGAGGAUGAACCCACGCUGGAAUCGUCUUGGCCGCAUCUACAACUUGUCUACGAGCUGUUCUUGCGUUUCUUGGAGUCACCAGAUUUCCAACCGAACAUGGCUAAACGUUUUAUUGACCAUCAAUUUGUAUUACAACUAUUGGAUUUAUUCGAUUCGGAGGAUCCACGUGAACGUGAUUUCCUAAAGACUGUUUUACAUCGCAUCUAUGGAAAAUUUUUGGGCUUGAGAGCAUUUAUUAGAAAGCAGAUCAACAAUGUCUUUUACAGAUUUAUUUAUGAAACGGAACAUCAUAAUGGCAUAGCCGAAUUGUUGGAAAUCCUGGGCAGCAUUAUCAAUGGGUUUGCUCUACCGCUCAAAGAGGAGCAUAAACAAUUUUUACUUAAGGUAUUGCUGCCAUUGCACAAAGCCAAGAGCCUCUCGGUCUACCAUCCACAGCUUACUUACUGUGUGGUGCAGUUCCUUGAGAAGGAUCCUAGUUUAUCGGAGGCGGUCAUCAAAAGCCUGCUUAAAUUUUGGCCGAAGACGCAUAGUCCCAAGGAGGUGAUGUUUUUAAACGAGCUUGAGGAGCUACUGGACGUUAUCGAGCCGGCCGAGUUCCAGAAGGUGAUGGUACCGCUUUUCCGACAGAUAGCCAAGUGCGUUUCGUCGCCGCAUUUCCAAGUGGCUGAGCGGGCGUUGUACUAUUGGAAUAACGAGUACAUUAUGUCGCUGAUAGCGGAUAAUUCGGCGGUGAUAUUACCCAUCAUGUUUCCAGCGCUUAAUCGUAACUCAAAGACGCACUGGAACAAGACCAUCCAUGGUCUAAUCUACAAUGCGCUCAAGCUGUUCAUGGAGAUGGAUCAGCGUCUAUUCGAUGAGUGCAGCAAGAACUACAAACAGGAGAAGCAGAUGGAGCGUGAGAAGCUGUCACAAAGGGAAGAGCUUUGGCAGCAAGUGGAGAGCUUGGCCAAGACCAAUCCGGAAUGGACGAAGGCGCGCCGCUUUAAUGACUGCCUGCCGCUCAGCGACAGCCGGGCCCUGUACGAUCAAUAUAGUGAGAAUAGCGAUAUAGCCUACGAUCAGAGCGAGCAGAAGGCGCGCCAGCCGCCGCCUCCGCUGCCGACGCAGAAACAGGGGCUCCAGGAGCCCAGAGAGAUACGGGGCGAGCGGAACAAGGACAAGCCGCUUCUUCGUCGGAAAUCGGACCUGCCAUCGGACAGUGGAACCGUGAAGGCUCUCAUCGAGCACAAGCGAACGGAUGAGUACCUAACCACACCGCCACCGGAUGGAAACAACUAUUAGGAUCUAUCCGGGUUAUCGUCGGCAUACUUUUGAAAGCCCGAGGCUUUGAUUAGAGUAAAAGUCCAUAAAAUACGCAAAAGAAAGAACACACCCAUACACUCCAAACUUAGGCCAGAAAGCAUAUAUGUUUACAAAAACUCCAGAGAGGAAGGAUAGGAUCCUAGCACAACUAGAACAAACAAUUUUUAAGGAUGCUUCGGUGACAUCGCAUUUGCAUUUUGUCGCUUAGCGGGGCGUGGCAAACAAAUUGCAACACAAUAUCUUUAUAUAAACAUACAAAAUACUUAUCUAUAAUGAACUUGCAUAGUACCAAUAAAGAUCGAAAAUCCCAAAACGA